AUGGUUGUUGAAGGAGCCCAGCCCAAGCGCAAACUGGCCAGAGAUCUGGAGAUUGAGAUAGGAGAAGAUUACUACAUGGAUAUGCGGGAGCAUUGGGAUCUGGCAAAAGGUGACGAGAAACAUGAUAUGUUACCAGAGAUUUACCUUGGAAAGAAUGUGGCUGACUUCAUUGAUCCAGAUAUUAUGAAGGUGAGGUUUCAACUUGGAGGUGAAGUGUUAAAGUUUCAAUUUCUUUAUGUGAAAAGUAACAGGUCAAACCAAGAGAAGAGCCCUAAGCACAAAGGAGACUUUGUGUCCUUUUUUGAUCCGCCUAAUCUGAGAUUUGUAUAUGUUGCUACAAUAAAUGAAUUAAUUAUUUAAUAAUUGGUUAGAUGUGUUUACAAAAAAUCAGUCAAUCGAUCAAUCAAUCAAUAGACUUGGCAAUACAAAUGAAGGCCAUUUCCUAGUUCCAAAAACUCUCACUUUCAAAAUGAGGCUAAAUGCAAAACCUUUCUUGUGAAAACGAGUUUUAUUUGCAUGAUAACAAAACUCGUUUUCAUAUCAAUGCCUUUGUGCUUAUGGGGCUGCAAAAAACAGUCGGUCAUUGGACAUUGGCUGACCAAAAUUUGCUAGUUUAGUGUCUGAUUCUCCAUGCGCCUUACCGCUAGGUGGAUCUGGGACCUUUUUGUUAUCAUAAAAGUAAAAUAUUUGAAUUUCUUUCAUUACAGAAAUUAGAAGAGUUGGAGAAAGAAGAGGAACUGCGCGAGGCUGCAGGGCUUUAUGACUCUGAACCA